ACAUUUUCCCUUGCUUUAUACGUACUCCUACCAGAUUCUUGUACUACUUAAUACUAUCUUUGUCUGCUAAAUACUUUGUAUUGUCUCGAUUCUCUCCUUGAACCUGAUUUGACUUGAGAUUAUUUAGUUAUACUUUAGCAAUCAUCUGAUAUUCUUUUUUUUCUUUUUUAAACUUUUAGAUUGUGUUUUGAAAAGAAUUUAUGAUAUUCUCAUGUUUCAAGAUUUUUUUUUUUUUGAAUUGUUUUAAUGUCUUCAGUUAACAGUUUCAUGAAUCAUGCAUGAAGUGUAAUUCAUAGUUUUUAUCUAAAUAAGAAGCAAAAAUCAUGCCUUUUGGUUUAGUUUCUGCAUGGAACAAGCGCCGAAGAAGUAAAUCAGAAGAUCAUAGCAAUCCUUGGGUAUAUAAAACUGCAGAAUGUUGGCAAAUUGAAUAUAGGAAUCCACCUGCAAAAAGGCACAACGCAUCUUCAGUUUUUACACUCAAAGAAAUGGAGGAGGCAACGUGUUCUUUCAGUGAUGAGAAUCUGCUCGGAAAAGGAGGAUUUGGUCGAGUUUACAAAGGCAUUCUUCGAUCUGGAGAGGUAGUAGCAAUCAAGAAAAUGGACUUACCUGCAUUCAAAGAAGCAGAAGGGGAGCGCGAAUUUCGUGUGGAAGUUGAUAUUUUGAGCAGAUUGGACCAUCCCAAUCUAGUAAAGUUAAUUGGAUAUUGUGCAGAUGGGAAACACAGGUUUCUGGUUUAUGAAUAUAUGCACAAAGGGAACCUACAAGAUCCCUUAAAUGGAAUUGGAGAAGUAAAGAUGGAUUGGCCUUUGAGGCUAAAAGUGGCUCUUGGAGCAGCAACAGGACUUGCGUAUCUCCAUUCAAGUUCUGCUGUUGGAAUUCCUAUUGUUCAUAGGGAUUUCAAAUCGACCAAUAUUCUACUUGAUUCCAACUAUGAAGCAAAGAUAUCGGAUUUUGGUCUCGCAAAGUUGAUGCCAGAAGGCCAGGAGACUUGUGUGACAGCUCAAGUGCUUGGUACUUUUGGCUAUUUCGACCCGGAAUAUACUUUGACAGGAAAACUCACAUUACAAAGUGAUGUCUAUGCAUUUGGAGUUGUUUUGCUUGAGCUUUUGACUGGAAGGAGAGCAGUGGACCUUGACCAAGGACCAAAUGAUCAGAACCUAGUUCUACAGGUUAGGCACAUAUUGAAUGACAAGAAGAAAUUAAGGAAAGUUAUUGAUCCCGAAAUGAGUCGAGGUUCAUACACGUUGGAAUCAGUAAUCAUGUUUGCAAAUCUAGCAUCUCGUUGUGUCCGAAUAGAAAGUCGAGAGAGACCCUCAAUGAUGGAUUGCGUGAGAGAACUUCAACUUAUUCUCUACACAAAUUCUAAAGGAUUGGGGAUGGCGAUGCAUACACUCAGAAUGAUCUGAUUUGCAAACUUCUUGCACUACCUUAAACCUCCAAAAUGUAAAAAUUGUUCAAGCUCGAGAAAAGACUAGGUUCAUUCAUGGAAUUCCGAGAUCGAUAGAAAGUUUGAUUCCAAUAUGAAUUUCUCAUUUUCAUACAGAGGUUCAAGCUGAAGUAAUUUCCUUGGUAAUUUAAGGUUACCCCCACAAAAUUUUAAGAGACAAACAAUAAAAUAUUUCGACUGAAAUAUUUUUGUGCUGCAAUUUGAUUGUGUAUUUUAAUGUUUUGGCAAUAAAAGAAUAAAAUCUGCAACUUGUUUA